CUCGAUAAGUUAAAUUGACUACGAGCUGAGUACGACGAGGAGGAGGAAGAAGCGAGGAAUAGAGUCCUGCGCGCACGUGCUGCUGUCCGGCACACGCGCGGCGGGCGAACUGGCGAAAGUUGGAAGAGCAGUCGACAGUGCCCAGUAAAAAGCGGCAGCCACCGUGGAGCCAGUCGGCACGAGCACGACGUGGGCGACUCGCAGCGGCGUUCACUCAAACGCUUUCCAAACGCCUUUGACUGCGUUCCCUGACCGCGGUGUGGCGCAAACGGAGCUCCAUUAACCAGCUGCAGUUCUGAGAAAAGAGACAGUCCUUAUCUCCGCUUCAGGUGGGCGCCUGGUCUCGCGAGUGUCGCAAAGUGCAAAAAUUUGCGCUUGGUCGCGAUCGGUCUUUCUAUAAGGGUUCUUAGUACCUGUCGACAGCCCUGUUAUGUUCACCUGCCCGGCGCCAGGCGCUAUGUGCCGGUGAUGCAACACAUGCAUACAAAACGUUUGCUUGGUCGCACGCACGAGCGAUAGUCCUUUCACCUGCUUGAAAAACGAUCUCGGUUGCUUGCUGACGGCCUUUGUUUGGUAUCGAUAUGACAGGACCACGGUGCACGCCACCCGGCCUUGGCCGGAAUCGGCGGGGUCUUGAAGCCGGCGCGAUUUCGCAGGAGCAGCGCCCUUGGGCAUUGUACCUGUGAACAUAUCUCCACGGAGGUGCGACUCGGUCCACCUGCCUAUUUUGUCGUCCUCCAGCACUGAAGGCCCCAGCCUACUAGCGGGCCUGGAUGCCAGCGCUUAACCCGCACCCGGUGGGCUCGCUAGACGCCUGGCUGGACUCGCCGUUCGCCUGUGCCUCCAGCAGCGCUCCAACGGGGGGCCGCAGCAGCAGCUACGCAGCCGGGGCCAGCAGCAGCACCACAGUGCCGCGGCGCGGCAGCCGCGCCAGCCUGCUGUUCGGCCGCGAGUACCUCGGCGGUGGCGGCGGCAGCGGCGGCGCCGCGCCGCGGCACGAGGGCGGCUUCGCCGCCGCCGCCCCCUCCCUGCUGCUGGAGACCGUGACGUCGGGCGACGGCGAGCUCGGCGAGCAGCUCGGCUCGCCAGCUGCAGGCACACGCCGCCCCGGCGGCCCCAGCGCACACGGCGGAGUCACAGCGGCGGCCGCAGCAGCAGGGGCUGCUGCAGGGCAGGGGCCAGCCAGCGGCGGCGGCGGCGGCGGCGGCGGCGGCGGCGGCUCCGGUGUGGAGCUCCCCCCGCGCUGCGCCAGCGCCUCGGCGGCGGUGGGGACUUCAACACUUGCCGGCCUGGGGUUGGAUGGCGGCGGUGGUGGCGGCGGCGUAAAGCGGCACUCCUUGCUAUCCAUGCAGCUGCGCUCAGCAGCUUUGCUACCAAGCGAGGGAAUCGCGGCGCCUCUGGGCAUUGGGAGCACAGGAUCCGCCGGCGGCGGCGCCAGCAGCCCAGGCACCAGCAGUUUCGGCGGCGCCAGCAGCCCCGGCGGCGCCAGCAGCAGCAGUGCCGCGAGCGGUCUCAUGGCCGCGCCCAUUGCCGCAGCGGCGGGCGGGAGCGCCUGCCUCCCUGCGCUGACCACCCGCCGUAACAGCAGCGGCGGCGGCGCCGCGGCGGCCCCGAUGGCUGCUGCUGUGGUGGCGGCGGUGGCGUCGCCACCGCCGCCGCCUGCUGGGACUGAGGCGUCUGAGGCUGCGGCUGCAGGCGGCGGCCGUACGUCCCCACCGGGCCGACCGCUGGCGUCCACCUGCUGUACUACUACUGGCGGCACUGGUGCCGAGCGCGGCGUCGUGUCUGACGUCUCCUCGCCGGGCCCUCAUGCUGCUGGGGCGCCGCAUGAAGGCGUCAGGACCGGUCCUUUGCCUUCGCCUCUGCCGCCGUCGCCGCGCGCUAGCAGCAGCGGCAUCGGCGUAACAUGUGUCAGCAUCGGCAUCGGCGGCAGCAUCGGCGGCAGCGGCGGGGCACCGCCAGCGCCUGAGCCAUGGCGGUCGCCCGAAAAGGCGCCGUCGCGGGGCGGCAACGGCAGCCUGUUGCGGUUGCUAGCCUCGACAGCAGCCGCCGUCACAGGCGGCGGGGGCAGCGGCGGCGCGGCGGCCGACAAGCCCGACGGCAGCAGUGUGCGCGGCGGGAGCGGCGUCACUGCUGGCGUCGGCGGUGGGGGCGGCGGCGGGCCGAGCGCCGCGGCGGUGUCGCUCUUCGCCGCCGCCGCCGCCGUCCCGCUGCUGCUCAACAGCGGCAGCAGCUACGACGCCGACGCACCCGCCGCGAGCGAGGUGGACGCCACGGUCGCGGGUUCCAUCUCUGCCAGCAGCAGCAGCAGCGGCGGCCCGGCAGCAGUAGCAGCAGCAGCAGCAGCAGCAGCAGCAGCAGUACCAGCCAGCCAGGGCCACGUUGACGGAGGCGUCGGCGGCGGCGGCGGCGGCGAGCCCAUCCGCAUGCUGGCGGCGCCAAGUGCUGCCGCUGGCGGCGGCGGAGACUCAAGGACCCGCUGCAGCCUUUUGCCAUCUCGUGAAUUAGGAGGUGGUGUCGCGAGAGGCAGCAGCAGAGCCGCUGGCGCCGGCGCGGCCGAGGCACUGACAUUGACGUUCAACGCCAGCCUGGGUUCGAGCCCCGCGCGUCAGCAGCUGCAGGGCCCAGGGCAGCACGCAGCAGCCGAAGAGCCGGCAGCAGCACUGGCGCCCCCACUGCGCGCGACAGGUGCUUUGACCGCCUCCGGCGCCGCCGUUGCGGCAACGCCGUCGGCGGCGGCACAAGUGGCCGCCAUGGCGGCAGCUGGCAUCCCUGCGUCUGCCUCCCUGCCCGACUUCGGGGACGCCAGGGGCGAACACCCACUGGAGCGGCUGUGUCUGGCUCAGGGCCUGUCCUCACCGCCCCGCGGCGUCGCCAGCAGCCUCGUAAGCUACUCAGCCGCCGCCGCCGCCGCCGCCGCGACUUCUGCCUCGUCCAGUGCCGGACGCGGCAGCAGCCUGUCAGGCGCGGCUGCCGCCGCCAGCGAGGGCGGCGGCGGCGGCAGCAGCAGCAGCAAUCUGAGCGGCCUGGUUGCGAUUGGUGAGGCACUGUUUGCAAUGCUCCCCGCCGACCCGACGGCGGCCGAGAGCGCACCCAAUGCGUCGUCGGUGGAUGCGUCCGCAUCGGCGGCGGCGGCAUCGGCGGCGGCGGCAUCGGCGGCGGCCGCCACCACAGACAUUCUUGGGGCGGCGGCGGCGGUUGCCGCCGCCAACUCUCGCCGGUCCUCCGGCGGCGGCAGCAGUGGCGGCAGCCGUUGCAGCGGCAGCGGAGCGGGAAGUUCCGUGCUCAACGUGCAGGCGGCCGGCGGCGGACUGAUUGCGCUGGCGGCGGCGCAGCGGCCAGAGAGAGCGCCGCGACCGCCCACAGCUGCAGCCGCCGCCGCCGCCGCUGCGUCAGCGACAGCAGGAGCGGGCUCAUCAUCACUGGAUCGCACCAGCUCCAGCAAGUCCCGCGGCAUACCCUUCUCGGAGCUCUUCUCCACGCACCUGCUGCUGCCGGCAGUACCCGCCGGCGACGCGGGGGGCCGCGUGUCCAGCGCAGGCAGCGGCGGCGGCGGCUCCAUCAUUGGUAGUGGCGGCGGCGCUGGCGGUGGCUUUGCUGCUGGCGGCGCUUUUACGUCUGCGGCAAAUGCCGCCGCCUCCGCGCCCACCGCGGGCGUGCCGCGUGGCGGCACCGACCACGUCAGCAACCUACACGGCGGGCACCACGCACACGCCGCGCUGCUGCACUCCCACAGCCUGGGCGGGGACGCCGCCUUCACGCGCGCGCUCAUGACAGCGCAGCUCGCAUCCACAGGCGGCGGCGGCGGCGGCGCGCCCGAUUCCGCCGCCUCCUCCGCCGCCUCAUCGCUGCGCUUCGGCGCCAGCGCCGCGGCCUCGCUCGGCGGACUGAUGGCGGCUGUGGAAGUCCGCGGGUGCCCGGUGGUGGCGGCGACAGCCAACACCAUGUUCGAAGGCACGGUGCGGCGUGGCUUUCCGCGCAAGGCCUCCAUCCUGGCGCGCGCGCUGUCGACGCCCACGGGUGGAGAGGAUGUGCUGGGUGGGUUGGAAACCGCGUCGUUGAGUGCGGGCAGCGCCGGAGAGGGCAGCGCGUCGGCUGCAGGCAGCGAGAGCGGCGGCAUCGGCAGUGUGUUGCUUCGAGGCCUGCUGCCUGCGUGAGCGAGGGCGGCUGGCGGGGUGUUUAUUCCGAUGGGCGGCGUCCGUCCGACGUGUGCGCGUGUUGCUUUUGCUAGGUUUGCCCUUUCUGUGUGUUGAUUUUGUUGUGUGUUGCCCACCGUUGGUCACUUGGUGGGUGUGUGUGCACAUGGCUGCUGUGUGGGGGUCAGAAUGAAACGGGCCGUGUGGGCAAGCAAUUACGUACUAGGGUGUGCGCACGUCACAUUGGCGCUGUGAGCCGAUGAGGCAAUGUAUGGCAACGGUGGCAGCGCGGCGACUGGUACUAGGGGGAGAGCAUCGCACCCAAUGAGCACUGCUGCUGUGCGAGAGGCAACUGAGGGCACUGGCGCGUCAACGGCCGGCUGGGGGGCACGUCUUCUGGGUGAUUGUUAGGUUAGUUGUCAGACGUCGACGGCCCGGCCCAUAAUGAUGAUAGCUGAUAGAUAACCCGCGAGGCAAGCAAUGUAGGUGAGCAUGCAUGCAUACCCAGCUCGCUGCUUGUUGGAGAUAUGCUGUCGGGGUCUUAAACACCCCUGCUGGACAGAUUGAGAAAUUGUGUUCAGGGGCCGUAUGCGGCUGUGCUGCUGCCGCUGGAUAAGUGGAUAUCGACAGUUGCGGAUCGAAAGACUGUGUGGGCGCGUUGCAAUGGGCGGUUGCCGUUGCCGGGAACCUGUGUUAUGGUCCAAACUUAAUGUUGCCGGUUGCUGUGUCUGCACCGUUAGUUACAAUGCCUCGCACGUAACAGCAUCUGAACACAGCGUUCUUAAAUAUGUAUGGAUACUGGUUUGCAGCUGUGCAUGCAUGGGAUGAGUGCGGUCUUUCAUGCUUGGCAACAUGUAAAGGGAUGCAUGGGCUAUUGUUUUUGUUCUCGAGCCUGCAAACGAGCAGGAGGAAAUGGUCAGGGGAAGCUUGGGAGUUGGGAGGCGUUUGUGACAGCGCUGCUGCUGUGGCGGACCGGUAUUGCACCAGGCAGUAGUGGCUGGUCGUUUGCAUUUCCAAGUUGGCAACUGGGAUCGGGGCGUCGAACGAGGAUCGAUGCUGCUGCAGGUUUCGCACGGCAUGGCCCUGCAUUGUUUGAAUUUCAGUCGAGUAGAGCGGGUGCGGCGUCGUGGGUUACAGACAGGCAUGUUUACACGGAUAUUUAUUACGGAUGUAUACGUGGCCGCCAGUGGCAGCUGCUGGAAUUGGGUGCUGUGGCGUGGUCAGUGCGUGUGCGUAUUGUGGACCUGCUGGCAAUCCUAUAGCAUGGUGUGCGCCUCAAUCCCAGCAAUCUAGCUACCUAGCUACCGACCGAGCCGCCGGCCUGCUCGACAGCGGCACCGUGUGUGUUUGCAUGUGCUUGAGCUGGUUCCAGCACAUGUGUAGGCAUACGCACAUGCGACAAGCUGCUCCCCAGCCGGACCCGUUUAUGAUACGGUGUGUACUGGGCGCCUGCUGUGUAGGGCGAUGGGGCCGCCGGUGGUUACCAGGCGGUUAUCAGGGGGGUCCUUAGGUGGUUACCCGCCCACCUACUGUGCAGGUCUCUAUGCCUGUAUGUUUCGCUCCUUGUGCGGGUUGGUCUUGUCCACAUGUUGCAUCCGCGCUUACCGGUAUGUAUUUUUGUACUAGCAUUAUUCACAAUUUUUUGACGGGGGCAGGUCCAUGUGGCUCAGUGCGGGGGUCGAUGCGUCUGCAUAAUGAGGGCUGGCGGGGCAUUUUCUGGCUGGCAUGUGUGGAGCGCGAGCCGCAGACUGCGUGCAGCUGCUCCAGUAGCGUGGUGACAGCCAUAUUUGCAGGUGAUGAGCCGCUCAAUCGUAUGACUUUGAUCCCUGCUUGUAUUACUAGCGUGAAGGUACCAUAAUAAGGACGUAAUGGCAAGGUCAGGCGCAUCCAAUGUUAGGGUCAAGGCGGCUGCGCUGCCGGGCACAGGAAGCAAGCUGGCCCGCGGCAUUGCUCUUGAUGAUCUUGGCGCCCAUCCAGCUAAGGCUGGGGCUCUGGCUUUGCUUGUCCACUGUUGUCGUGCCACAUGUAAUCUCAUCAAGUCUUGGUUGCUUAAAGCCUGGACGCUGCCUGCCCUGUGUAAAUAAUGCAAGUGUGAAUAUACCGUACGUUUAGCUGAUCACCACGCACCCCUGCAAAAAAACAAUUAUUUUUACACCACGCACCCCUAAACCGGCUUCUAUUUUGCACCACGCACCCCACGGUGUGGCAAUUUUGCAGAACCACGCAGCCGUGAACUGCAUGGUCUGUGGUCCCACGUGUGCGUGUACAAGGGGCUAGGCAACGCAGUGGUGAAACUGCACAGUGUCGUCAAUGCGCACGUGCUGUAACUGUCACCGCCA